CAGCCCUGUGGAAUUGGAGCCGAGGAGGAGCUGAAAAUGCAGAUUUAGCAUCAAGCACAGACAUACACUAGCUCUUUCUCUCGGGUACACAUAGCUCCGCACAUUCGCACCCCUGCCAGCCAGCCUGGCUGCGCGACUCCACGGCUUCUCUGGCAGCCAGCUGCUGUUGGACAGCGCACAGAUUUGCUGUUUGCCAAGCUUCUCUUUUGCCUCUUUUGCUAUAUAAAGAUUUUUUAAAAGAAAAACAAACAAAAACUACAUUCCUAUUUUUUAUUUGUACCUUCCCUCCUCGUACCCUGCUCCACCCGCCUGCGCGCUUCGAAGCCCCACUUUUCACUCCCAAAGAAGGAUGGAGGGCGGUUGUGGAUCCCAGUGGAAGGCGGCCGGGCUCCUCUUCUGUGUCCUGGUUUUUGCGUCUGCUGAGAGACCCGUCUUCACGAAUCAUUUUCUUGUGGAGUUGCAUAAAGACGGAGAGGAAGAGGCUCGCCAAGUUGCAGCAGAACACGGCUUUGGAGUCCGAAAGCUCCCCUUUGCAGAAGGCCUGUAUCACUUUUAUCACAAUGGCCUUUCAAAGGCCAAAAGAAGACGCAGUCUACACCAGCGGCAGCUGGAGAGGGACCCCAGGGUAAAGAUGGCUCUGCAACAAGAAGGAUUUGACCGUAAAAAGAGAGGGUACAGGGACAUCAACGAGAUUGACAUCAACAUGAAUGAUCCUCUUUUUACAAAGCAAUGGUACCUGUUCAACACUGGGCAAGCUGAUGGCACUCCUGGGCUAGACUUGAACGUGGCCGAAGCCUGGGAGCUGGGAUACACGGGGAAAGGAGUGACCAUUGGAAUUAUGGAUGAUGGAAUCGACUAUCUCCACCCAGACCUGGCCUACAACUAUAACUCUGAUGCAAGUUAUGACUUCAGCAGCAACGACCCCUAUCCCUACCCACGAUACACAGAUGACUGGUUCAACAGCCAUGGAACUAGGUGUGCAGGAGAAGUUUCUGCUGCAGCCAGCAACAAUAUCUGUGGAGUCGGUGUGGCAUACAACUCCAAGGUGGCAGGUAUCCGGAUGCUGGACCAGCCCUUUAUGACAGACAUCAUUGAGGCCUCCUCCAUCAGUCAUAUGCCUCAGAUGAUAGACAUCUACAGUGCAAGCUGGGGCCCCACAGACAAUGGGAAGACAGUUGAUGGGCCCCGAGAGCUCACACUCCAAGCCAUGGCUGAUGGCGUGAACAAGGGCCGUGGGGGCAAAGGCAGCAUCUAUGUGUGGGCCUCCGGGGAUGGCGGCAGCUACGAUGACUGCAAUUGUGAUGGCUACGCUUCAAGUAUGUGGACAAUCUCCAUCAACUCAGCCAUCAACGACGGCAGGACUGCCUUGUACGAUGAGAGCUGUUCCUCCACCUUGGCAUCCACCUUCAGCAAUGGGAGGAAAAGGAAUCCCGAGGCUGGUGUGGCCACCACAGACUUGUAUGGAAACUGUACUCUGAGACAUUCUGGGACAUCUGCAGCUGCUCCUGAGGCAGCUGGAGUGUUCGCGCUGGCGUUAGAGGCUAACCUGGAUCUGACCUGGAGAGACAUGCAGCAUCUGACUGUGCUCACCUCCAAGCGGAACCAACUUCACGAUGAGGUCCAUCAGUGGCGACGGAAUGGAGUUGGCCUGGAAUUUAAUCACCUCUUUGGCUACGGUGUCCUUGAUGCAGGUGCCAUGGUAAAAAUGGCGAAAGACUGGAAAACUGUCCCUGAGAGAUUCCAUUGUGUGGGAGGCUCCGUGCAGAACCCUGAGAAAAUACCACCCACUGGCAAGUUGGUACUGACCCUUGAAACAAAUGCAUGUGAGGGGAAAGAAAACUUUGUACGCUACCUUGAGCAUGUCCAAGCUGUCAUCACAGUCAACGCAACCAGGAGAGGAGACCUGAACAUCAACAUGACCUCCCCCAUGGGCACCAAGUCCAUUUUGCUGAGCCGGCGUCCAAGAGAUGACGACUCCAAGGUGGGCUUUGACAAGUGGCCUUUCAUGACCACCCAUACCUGGGGGGAGGAUGCCCGAGGGACCUGGACCCUGGAGCUGGGGUUCGUGGGCAGCGCGCCACAGAAGGGACUGCUGAAGGAAUGGACCCUGAUGUUACACGGCACACAAAGUGCCCCAUACAUCGAUCAGGUGGUGAGGGAUUACCAGUCUAAGCUGGCCAUGUCCAAGAAGCAAGAGCUGGAGGAGGAGCUGGACGAGGCUGUGGAGAGGAGUCUGCAAAGUAUCCUGAGGAAGAACUAGGGCCGUGCUUCCAUCUCCACCGCCUCCUCCUCCCUGUCUCUGCCUCUGUCCUUGCUCCACAGUUCUGGCAGCCACCAGCCACCCAGCAAUUCCUGUUACCCCUACACAAGCAACCCCAGCCCGGUCUGCAGCUUUGCUCACUGUCAAUGGUUAUUUUCACUACAAUGGAAGCAAUCGUUUUUAUUCUGUAGCCCAAAUAUAGCAUUCCUACCAACAUCUA